UCUGAAGAUUGCUCCAUUUGGAGUUUUCCUGCAAGCCCAGGAACCAGAUGCUCCUCUUGGCAGUGCUAACAGAGCUACUGCUGGUCACUGUAGCAACAGGAUCCUCAGGUUCUUUGCUUCAGGAGUCACCAGUUUCCCGUUGCAGCCUUUUUGGGAAUGAUCACAUCAAAACCUUUGAUGGUUCUUUCUACAGUUUUGCUGGGGACUGCAGUUACCUCCUUGCUGGUGACUGUCACAAACACUCCUUCACACUCUUGGGUAACUACAAGGAUGGGGAGAAAACUGGUUUCUCUGUGUAUCUUGGAGAAUAUUUCAACCUUCGUUUCUUGUUGGAUGGAAGUGUAACACAGGAAGACAAAAGGGUUUCCAUACCUUUUGCUUCCAAUGGCAUAUUUAUAGAGAAGGAGGUGGGUUAUUAUAAAAUAUCCAGCAGUGAUUAUGGUUUUGUGGUGAAGAUUGAUAUCAGUGGGAAUAUUCAGAUAUUCCUUCAAGAAAAGUACAAUAAUAAGACCUGUGGGCUGUGUGGAAACUUCAAUAAAUUUGCUGAAGAUGACUUCAGAACUCAGGAAGGGAGCCUUGUGGGAAACAGCUAUGAUUUUGCAAACUCUUGGGCAUUGCGCAGUGAAAAUAAGUUGUGCAAGAGAGUGCAGACUCCAAGCAGCAUGUGCAACGUUUCAUCUGAUAUUGCAGAGAAGGAUGUCAUGGAAACUUGUGAGCUGCUAAGAACAUCUUUGACCUUUGCACGGUGCCAUCAUCUAGUGGAUCCAGAGCCAUACAUCCAUCUCUGUGAAAAAGACAUCUGUUCUUCUACGUACAGCAUGAAUUGUCAUUGCUUAGUGUUUCUUGAUUACGCAAGGAACUGUGCUCAUGAAGGAGUGAUUUUGGAUGGGUGGCCUGAAGAGAGCUCAUGCAAGCCAAGAUGUCCAGUUGGCAUGGAGUAUAAGGCAUGUAUAUCUCCUUGUGCUAAAACCUGCCAGAGCCUGAAUAUCAAUGAAGUGUGUCAUGGGCAAUGUGUUGAUGGCUGCAGCUGCCCUGAGGGGAAGCUCCUUGAUGGUGAACAUUGUGUUGAAAGCUCUGACUGUUCUUGCAUCCACUCUGGAAGACAUUAUCCUCCCGGCUUCACCAUCUUUCAGGACUGUAAUUCAUGCAUUUGUCGGCAUGGCAUCUGGAUCUGCAGUAAUGGGGAAUGUCCAGGGGAGUGCUCCAUCACUGGCCAAUCUCAUUUCAAAAGCUUCGACAACAAGCACUUCACCUUCAGUGGGAUUUGCCAGUACUUAUUUGCCAAAGACUGUGUGAAAAACUCAUUUUCUGUUAUCAUCGAGACUGUCCAGUGUGCAGAUGAUCCUGAUGCAGUGUGCACUCGCUCUGCUUCUGUCCGAAUCCAAGAUAUGGACAACAGCCUCAUAAAAAUGAAACAUGGAGGAGGAAUUUCACUGAAUGGACAAGACAUACAAACACCUUUCCUACAAGGUGCCCUUCGGAUCCAGCGUGUGGUGAAGACUUCAGUUCGCCUUACCUAUGGGGAAGAUUUGCAGAUUGACUGGGACGGCCGUGGUGAACUGCUGGUGAAGGUAUCUCUAACAUAUACCGAAAGGAUGUGCGGCCUGUGUGGAAAUUACAAUGGUAACCAAGGGGAUGAUUUUCUUACUCCUUCUGGCUUGGUGGAAGUUCUUCUGGAAGAUUUUGGAAACUCUUGGAAGCUUAAUGCAGACUGUCAAGACUUGUUAAGACAAGACAAUGACCCCUGCAAUCUCAAUCCUCGUUUAGGUAUUGAAUUCCCUCCAAUAUUAAUGUAUGCUGUUGUUCCAUCUUAA